AUGUCAGUGGGAAACGUCAGCUUCAUAAAGGAUUUUGUAAUAAUUGGCUUUCCUGGACUUCAGCCUCAUUACUAUGGACUUGUAUCAGCACUCCUAUUUUUUGUUUAUGUAUUUACAUUGGUUGGAAAUGCUUUAUUUUUUAUGCUGUUUGUAACUACCAAGAGCCUUCAGAAACCUGUUUACUAUUUUAUUAUAAAUCUAGUUGUAUGUGAUGUGCUAUUUAGCACCACAACAUUACCGAAAAUAAUCAGCAGGUAUUGGUUUCAAGAUGGAACCAUUUCAUUCUUGGGUUGUUUUGUUCAGAUGUUCUUUGUGCAUUUUUUCGGCAGUGUCUGUUCAGUUAUUCUGGCUGUAAUUGCUAUAGACCGCUAUGCAGCAAUUUGUUACCCGCUUCAAUAUCACAGCAUCAUGACAAACCAAAAUGUACUCAUUCUGUUCUUUGGCUCUUGGAUUUUGGGUUUGCUAGGCCCUGUAGCAAUGGUCAUUCGAGCUUACCCUCUCCCUUACUGUGCAGAAAAUACAAUUAUGCACUGUUACUGUGAUCACGUUUCCAUCACAACACUGGCAUGCACAGACAGAUCACUAUAUAGUAUUCCAGCUCUCAUCUAUGCCUUUGCAAUUCUGUUGGUGCCCUUUGCUGUUAUUAUAUUCUCUUACUGUUCUAUCUUUGUAGCAGUUAUGCGGAUUUCAGGUACUCAAGGAAAGAUGAAGACUUUCUCUACAUGCAGUCCUCAGCUUAUCAUAAUUGUUCUCUUUUUCCUACCCAGGUUGUUUAAUUAUUUGUCUGGAAACAUUGGUAUAAAGUUCAGCACUGAUUUGCGCUUAGUAAUCAUUAUGAUGUAUAGCUUGUUGCCGCCAAUGAUCAACCCCCUUAUUUACUGUUUGAGAACAGAAGAGGUCAAAAAGUUACUCAGUAGACAUCUUCCAAAGAAACAAGUUGGUAUUCCUUUACGAUCGAUCUGA